AUGGAUGCAUCUGGCGCCGGCCCCUCCUCCAACCCCACUCCCACCAGGCCUCGUCUCACGGUGGACGUUGAGGGGCGGCCUUCACCAACCCCGCCUCCGGCGCUUCAUGCUGGGGACGCCAUCGUCGUCGACCCAAUGAGAGGGCCACGCACCGUGGAGGAAAUCUACGAGGACUUCUCUGCCCGCCGCAGCGCCCUCGUCCAAGCCCUCGCCACCGGUAAAAAAGCACUGUGCUUGUACGGCCACUCGGACGGGAGCUGGGAGUUGAAGCGGCCGGAUGAGUUGGCGCCACCCGACAUGCCGGAGGCGACUCUGGGCGUCAACUUCCGGCCGGAUUACAUAAGCCCUUUUGCCUGGCUCGAGUUCAUUGCCCAACGCGCUGACUCGUGGCUCAUCAGCGUCGCAUUUUUCUUUGCCGCUUGCCUCAACGCCAAUCACAGGAUGCGUUUAUUUGAUAUGAUGAACAAUUUGCCAACUGUCUAUCGAACAUUGUAUCACUUCCACAAGAUUGUUUGGCUACCUACGCCACCAUCUCCAGUUUUGAUGCAAAAUGUGUACAAUCCAAAUGAAUAUUCGGGUGCACCUGCUCAAGACAGCGUGCCACAAUCUCCAGACUUAAUGGAAAAUGUGUCCAAUCCAAACAUAAAGUCUAUAACACCUGUUGAAGAGAACGUGCCACAACUAUCUCAAGACUCCUGGCAAAACGUGUCCGAUCCAAACAAGAACUAUAGGAUGCUUGCUGAAGAAGAUGAAGAGGAUCAGGAAGUUAGCAAGCGAUACUUUUGCGGAGAGUGUGGUGCUCCGUACCAUGCCAAUGGGUUUUGGAUCUGCUGUAACGUAUGUGAUCUGUGGUUCCAUGGCAGAUGUGUGAAGAUAACUGCUUCUAAAUCAGCACAUAUCAAGGAUUACAAGUGUCCUGACUGCACCCUCGAAGAUACCAGAGAGUAG